UGGCUUGCUCAGUUCUCCAUUUUGUAUGUUUUUCCUGGAGGUUAGCGCCUACUUUUUAAUGGCUAGCUGCGAGUUAACCUUAGCUAGUCUGUUUACUGCAUUUCGCGUGAUAUUUUACCGCUAGAUCGACCCCAUUGCCAGAUUUUUUGCAGCAACAAGCUCGAUCGGAUGUAUUAUUUUUCAUUCUAGCUAGCUAUGUAAAAUACGACGUAUGCGGAGUAAACAUUGAGUCGGUGAUUCGUGUUAUUGAUAGCCACUUUCAACCAAAACAAUGUUGUCAGACGAUCUGCGGACACCAGUCAGCAAUCAAACAUUUGAAGGAAUUAAAAGAUGGAUAAAGGAGGAGUGAAGAAGGUAACGUACAGAAGAGAUGACCAUUUAAGCAAACUGGUCUACACUGAAAGUCCAGAGGAGGGAGCUCCGCUGAAAGUAGCUCCUCACAGUGCCAUGUCCAUCACUUCAGCCACCUCUGUUGUACUUCCAUCCAGCCCAUUGAUGCAGCCAGGCGACGUGCCCAACGGCCUCAGCAACAGCCCCCUUCCAGAGGAGCUCACCUCCGCCUCCGUCACUGCCACCGUAGGCCUCCUGCUGGAAGACCCUGAGCCCAGGGGGCUGGCCAAGGAUCAGAGGCCUCAGCAGCUGCUCCAGAUUCAGACACAGACGCCCACCGCCCUUGGGCGUUACACCUUGGGGGAGAACUUCUCCCAACUAGAGGCCAGCAUAGCAGACCUUACCCACUCCUCCUCCAUAGACUCUCUCAUUGGGGGAUCAGACCCCAACCUUUUCCACAUGAAAACAGAGGACUUCUCCAUGGAUAAAGGAGACCAGGAUACCAUGGACUUGGAUCACGAUGCUUUUGGGCACAUUGGGAAAGAUGUGGAUGUAAACCAGAAGCUGUUCAAUGACAACACUCUGGACCUGCUCCAGGACUUUGAGCUCACUGGCUCCCCCUCGGAUUUUUAUGUGGGAGACGAUGCCUUCCUGUCCACUCUUGCAGAUGAUUCUCUGCUUGGGGAUGUCAGCUCUGAGAAGGACACCAAGUCCACCAUGGGUGGGAAUAGUAACGUUGGUGGUGCUGGCUCUGCAACUCUCAACGGCAGCAGCCUGACAAAUCAGGAGCAGUCCAGCUCUUGCUCGUCUACCACUGCCACCCUCACCCCAACAACCACUCUGCCUGCAGUGGUGAAGAAAGAGAAAGAUGCUGGUUUCAUUCAGCUCUGUACCCCAGGGGUGAUCAAACAAGAGAAGACGUCUGCAGGCCGGAGUUUCUGCCAAAUGAGCAGCACAUCAUCCCCAGACCUGCCCAGCCCGAGUCCCAUCUCUAUCUGUGGGGUCAGCACCUCAGGAGGACAGAGUUAUCACUUUGGAGUCAGCGCCAGCGGCACCCCAACUUGCAGUAGCAGUGGAGCUCAGCAGCAGAAGGAUCAGAAGCCAGUGUUCAGCCUGUAUCCCCCACUGACGACCAUUGGUGAGGCCUGGAACAGAGGCCAGGGGACUGGGGACAACUUGGGAAUGGCGAGGACCGGUGAGAGUUUCUCCACCUCCCCUACUUUCCCCACCAGCUUUGCCAGUUCUACCUCCAGACAAGAAGGGGGCACUGCAUCAUCCUCAGCCCAGGGAAAGACCGGCGGGACCACUCAUAAAAUCUGCCUGGUGUGCUCCGAUGAGGCCUCAGGCUGCCACUACGGCGUGCUCACCUGCGGUAGUUGCAAGGUCUUCUUCAAGAGAGCAGUGGAAGGGCAACAUAAUUACCUGUGUGCAGGGAGGAACGAUUGCAUCAUAGACAAGAUCAGAAGAAAGAACUGCCCGGCCUGCCGCUUCCGCAAAUGUCUAAUGGCAGGGAUGAACCUGGAAGCUCGUAAAACCAAGAAGCUAAACCGCUUAAAGGGCAUCCAGCCAAACAACCAGGCAGAGCUGGCUCCACCCCCACCGGCGGAAGCGCGCUCCCUCGUACCCAAGUCCAUGCCCCAGCUUGUGCCCACAAUGCUGUCCCUCCUGAAGGCCAUCGAGCCGGAUACCAUCUACGCUGGCUACGACAGCACCCUGCCCGACACCUCCACCCGCCUCAUGACCACCCUCAACAGGCUGGGUGGGCGACAGGUCAUCUCUGCCGUCAAGUGGGCCAAGGCUCUGCCAGGUUUCAGGAACCUGCACCUGGACGACCAGAUGACCCUGCUGCAGUGCUCCUGGCUCUUCCUCAUGUCUUUUGGCCUGGGCUGGAGGUCUUACCAGCAGUGCAAUGGCAACAUGCUUUGCUUUGCUCCAGACCUCGUCAUCAAUGAGGAGCGGAUGAAGCUGCCCUAUAUGGCCGACCAGUGCGAACAAAUGCUGAAGAUUUCCAGCGAGUUUGUCCGGCUGCAGGUUUCCCACGACGAGUAUCUGUGCAUGAAGGUCUUGCUGCUACUCAGCACAGUGCCAAAGGACGGCUUGAAGAGCCAGGCAGUGUUCGAUGAGAUUAGGAUGUCCUACAUCAAGGAGCUGGGGAAGGCCAUCGUGAAGAGGGAGGAGAACUCCAGCCAGAACUGGCAGCGCUUCUACCAGCUCACCAAGCUCCUAGACUCCAUGCAUGAGAUGGUCGGUGGACUGCUCAACUUCUGCUUCUACACCUUUGUGAAUAAAUCGCUGAGCGUGGAGUUCCCGGAGAUGCUGGCGGAGAUCAUCAGCAACCAGUUACCAAAAUUCAAAGCCGGGAGCGUCAAACCACUCCUCUUCCACCAGAGAUGACUGUGCCCCUGAAAAGACAAAAUGCCUUAAAACUCCCACCACGUCACCUCACCACCACCACCCCGCCCCCCCAGAGUGUGGACAUGGAAAGGGCAGAGACGAAAGGACAGUAAAGAGGAGGAAGAAUAUCCGAGGAUGUUUUUGUUUUUGUUUGUUUUUUGUUUUUGUUUUUGUUUGUUUUUUUGGUUUUGAAGAGAGUAUGCAACUUAUUAGGGGUUUACGGGUCUGGAGGGAAAGGGUAGAGAGACCAGAGAUAUGUGUGUAGAAACAGAGAGAGAGAGAGAGAGCACAGAGAUUUUGUUUUGUUCAGCGGUCUAAGAUGUAGUGUAUAACAAGUAGGAAUUGUUUUGUAAGAUAUAAGAUAAUCACUGAGUGAAAUAGGCUAACCAUCCAUGUUGUCUCAGGUUUCUUACCUUCAAAUACAGAACGAUAUCUAAAAUAGAUAAAAAAAAAAAAAAAAAACAACACAAAAAAAAAACAAAUAUCUAUGUACAGGUUAUGAUAGUAUUUUCUACAUUUUCAAAUUAUGUCACAGUUUAUACAAGUUUUCCAGGUCGUCGUUACCUGGGAAAGGUAACAAAGAUUAAUAACAUGCUAUUAAAUAGGCUUUUAGACUGUGUGCUCCUCUUUUUAGUUUUUCUGGGAGGUUGUCAACAAAAUGUUUAUCAGUCACAUCGGGGGGAAAAAAACAACUAUCCUUGUUUUCCAAACAGUCAUUUCAAAAGCGGAAUUUUAUUGCUUUAAUUCUUGGGACAUUACCGUGCGAUUCUGUUGGAUUGUUUGAGGACGCGCACCAUUCAGAGGACGAUUUCUCCCGCAAGCUAACCUCUUCCAGGUUUACACACGUCUAUUAUCAAAGGGAAAAGAAUAAUGUGCCUUUUUUAGCUUCAAAUCUCAUUUUAGCCAUUCACACUACCUUGUCCGAAGCUUUGUCUCUCGCGUCACCCAUCAUGGUCUACCCUCAUCAUACGUUGAUUGUAUUUUUAUAUCACAUGCAGUUUCAGAUUUUCUGUCUUUCUCUUGUUUUUUUUGUCCUUCAAUGGCUGUGUUUAUCGUUUGAAGUGGCAGCUCAGUCAUCCUCAGUGUGUAGAAGUGAUCCUUACUGUUAGGGAAGGAUAUUCAGUCGGCUUCCUCUCUCGCAAUCUCCCGCACACGUUGAAUUCCUCGAGUGCUGCUUGGGCACUUGCAACCCCACUAAAGGCUUUAAAAGACUGUGAAGAAAGACUAGUGGAGCGGCUGUACCGGUAUAUAGUAGAUGGAUGUAGAUGGAAGGUAGAAAAUCGUCUUGUUAGUCAAUAACUGCUCCUGUUUGUUUUGUUUUGUCUCCCCCCGCCGCCCCGAUAGUGUCAUGACUGGAAUGUGAUAGAAAUCUGCGUCCACCAAUCAGAAAGGAGAGGGCCUUUUUUUUCCCCCCUCUCUCUUUGUUCAGAAAGAUGAUUACAUUUUUACAACCAGGAUAACUGGUUUCUGUGGUUCUAAUUUUGCUCCAGUUGAUAGGAAAAUAACCGUCCUUUUUAGUUUCUUAGGGAGCGACAGUCUUGUUUUGUAAAUGUAGUAGGAAAUAAAACCGAACAUGCAGUCACGAUCCUGCCGACGACCUCCCUCUCUCGACUCUGCCGUCGCUCGCCGUGAAGAAGCAUUUGGGAUAAUUUAUUGUUGAAAGCCUAUGCAUUGUAACUUUUUGUACAUUGUGGAAAUGUACAGUUCCUCUGAAUGACGGCGUGCACGUGCAGGGUUGUGCUGCGAGGCGUCGGCGGAUCAAUCAUCUGGCAAGAACCUCACUCAGCUGCUGAUCACCUCGACCCCCGCCCUCCUCCCCAUUUAGCCCAUCUUCCCGUUUUAGCGACCUCGUCUUAACGUCUGCUCUUAAAGUGUGUGUCCCCGGUAUAUUUGCACGUGUGUAUGUGUGGUAGCUUUAGUGAAACCCCAAUGUUUUAAAGCACUUGGCAUCGGACCCACCUCAUAACGUCAUCUCGCAGUGAAAGUGUAGCUUUGCUAGGGGAUGCAGGCAAAAUGGAUCAUGGAGUCUCUGGGAACUAUUUCAGUGCCAAACUUAUUAUUUUUUGUUUUCCUUUUGGUCUGUUUUCAAUCAUGUUGGAAAUAUGUCUGCGUUGAAAGAGGAAACAGUGAUGUGUCCCAGUAUUUAAUCUCAUGAAUUUGUCUGAUGCAAGAAAAUCAAAAAAACAAAAAAAAAGAAGAAGAAUCCUGAUUUAUAUGACUUCAGUCGAACAAAUUGGGGUUUUUAUGAAUUAAAAUGAUUAAUAACGGAGCUUUAUUUUUAACAUAAGGCAUCCAUGCAUUUAUUGUGUAAUUACAUAGAAUAACUUAGGUUUGUUAGUAACCCUUUCUUUGUGUGUGUUUUUUUUAAGUAAGUCAGAGUUUGAAAUAUGUUGCAACAUCUUCAUUUUCAUCAAUUUAGCACCAGUUGAGGUUGGCAUUUGCUUAGUUUAUUGUCUCUUAAAACCCCUGUCUCUAUUUUUUUUUCUUUUUGUGUUUCAAGCACAAAAUAAUCCAGGUAUCAAAAUGAAUGUGAAUCUUCAAAGGGGAUUUGUUUCAUUUAACAAAAAAGUUUUUCACAGAAAUACAUAUGAAUGACACGGCAGUGCAAUGCAUUCACUAAAGGAAAAAAAAAAUCUGCCUUGUUUAUGAAUCACUGAGAUAAUUAUCUCAUUAUUCUGAAAUAAUUAUCCCAUUCAUGAAAACAGAUUUUUUUUUUUUUUUUUUUUAUGUGAACGCACUGUGCUUCUGUAGAAUGGUGCCGCACUGUCUAUUUUUUAAAUAAUUGGAAGAAUACACAAAUUUAGCUGUUCUGAUAGGUGCAUUUUGUCGCUUUACAGUACUUCCUAGUGCAUUAAAUGUGGAAUUCAUGUGAUCGCUCUCUCAUUGGUCUCCUCGUAGCGAUGGAAAACACCCAUUAAUACACUAUGCCAACAACAAAUAUGAAGCUACUCAUCAGCAAUGCUCCUCCCAUGCUCAGGUUGUCAUUGGUUGAAAUUUGAUGACUAAUGCAUAUGUAGUUAUCCUUGUUCAAUCGUAUGUAUCGACUGUAUAAAAAAAAGGAAAAAAAAAAAAAAAAACAACCAAAAACAUUGAGUUUGGAUUCCCAAAAUUGUGUGCUUGUGUGUUUUAUGGUAUUUAUGUCAGGAAAUAAGAGGAAAAAAAAAAAGUUCACUUGACAGAUCAGGUAAGUUUCAGGUAUGUGCUGCCAUGCCUACAUCAGAAGUGUUGUAUCCACUUUAGCCAUGCUCACUCCUCCAAUGUCUGGAAAAAGGAUGCUUGUAUUUUUUCUUUCUGGUGGUUAUACAAAAAUAGUUCUGGAAAAAAAGAAAAAGAAAACCCAUCGUUACGAACUGCGUAAGAGUUUCUCAUGGGUUACUUUCACAUUCAGUGUGUCCAAACCUCUGCUGCUGCUGCCGCUGCUGCUGCUGUUCAUUUUAAACAGGUAUAUAUGAAACCGCACACUUGCCUCUCCUUGCUCAAAAAUGUAUCCUUGCUUAUUUUCUUCUUGUACAUUUUUGAGGAGGACAACUGAAUAUGCAAUAGAAAUUACAGAUACAUAAUAUUUCAUCAUUGCAUGGAAAGAUGUAAUUGCUUCCUUUUUUAUGUUUUUUUUUUUUUUUUUUUUUUUCAGAUAUAAGCUAUUCACAUAGAGGAGAUUCACAUUUAACUUUUAUCUCUGCAGGCCAGAUUUUCAGGAAAUAAACACUUGUGUCAGUAAACAAUUCAUCCAGACUGCACAAAAAAAAUAAAUAAAUAAAAAUAAAGCCUAUUUGAUGACAAGGUGACCAAAGCAAAUACAAAUUCAACAUAUAUCAGUGUAGACAAAGUAGCUCUUAGAAGACAAGUGUACAGUUCUUUGUUUUAUAACACAUUUUGUAUUCUAACAUGAUGGCUUUGGUCAAAUUGUGUAAUACUGUGAAUAGGAUAGGAGUCAGUCUUUUCACACACAAACUGCUUGUGAAAGUAAUCAACCAGCUUGAAUCUAAAAAAAAAAAGAAAAAAAAUUUGCACUACCCAAAUAUUGUUUGAAAAUCUAUUUUGUAUAAAACAUAUGCAGACAUUAACUUUUGAGAAUUAUCAAGGGCGGAUCAUGUUUCACUGGCAUAUGCUUUCUUUGAAGCUUUGUUUUGCCUAAAAAUUACGAUUAUGUACAUAUAAUCCAUUGUAAAGAAAACGUGGUGUAUUUGUCUCAAUAGUUUUUUCUAUACCCCCUAUUAUUUCUCCUCUGUAGUGUGACUCUUGUUGAUCCUUUUUCUCCAUUGAUUAAAUGUUAAACUGUA